AUGGUGCAUAACAUGUCUAGCAUCCCGUCUCCUCCUUCUCCUAAGAGCCCCUUGGGCCGAUAUCGCCUGCUCUCUCCCAGUGCAUCGGUAAGAGUAAGCCCAUUCUGUCUGAGUGGAAUGAACUUUGGCAGAGGCUGGGAUGGUGAAGGAUCCUCCCAGGACGAGGCUGAAACGGUUCUGGAUUUCUACUAUGACCAUGUGUGUUGCCUCUGUAACUUUAUAGACACUGCCAACAAUUAUCAAGGAGGCGAGUCAGAGAGAAUCAUUGGUGGCUGGAUGGCGAGGAGGCACAUCCGAGAUCAGCUUGUAAUCGCAACCAAAUACUCGACCAACUUCCGCGCCGAACACGGUGAGGGCGAGAUUAUGAUAAAUUCCACCGGCAACAGCGCGAAAAGCCUGACGACCUCUGUCCACACAAGCCUGGAGAAUCUCCAGACUGACUAUAUCGACAUCUUGUAUGUCCACUGGUGGGAUCAGGCGACCGACUUCCCCGAGCUCAUGCAGUCGUUGAAUCACCUCGUCGCCGCCGGCAAGGUCUUAUAUCUUGGGGCGAGUAACAUGCCUGCCUGGGUAGUCAGCCGGGCCAAUGAGUAUGCCCGCGGCCAUGGUCUGAGACCGUUCUCCAUCUACCAAGGCCGCUGGUCUGCCGCUAGCCGGGAUAUUGAGCGAGACAUUGCCCCCAUGGCCCUAUCUGAGGGUAUGGCGAUAGUCGCCAGCGGCGCCUUCAGCGGUCCUGCGUUUUCGACAGCAAAGCACCGCGCAACCUCCAAGGGCCGGAAGCCAACCCUCACCGACAACCAACUCAAGUUGAGCAGGGCUCUCGAGGCCAUCGCGGGAGAAAAGAGGACAACGCUUGGCUGCAUCGCCUUGGCCUAUGUGAUGCAAAAGCAGCCCUAUGUCUUCCCUUUAAUCUCCAACCCAACGAUCGGUUUGCUCGAAAGAACCUUGGAGGCCAUAAUCACCAGUCUGAGCAAGACCGACAUGUCGCGCAUCGAAGCAGCCGUCCCGUUCAAUCCAGGGUUCCCUCUCGAUCUCUUAUUCUAG